CCGGUGAGGCGGCUGGUUGAGCUCCUCUGUCUAGUCGAGCCUGUCAACAACACUGCAACCUGAGACGAGUUAACCAGCUAACUCAGCCCGUCUGCUGGCCUCCAAAUAAACCCUCAGUCACAACUAGUCACAGGCCCGCUUGGUCGGCUGGAUAUAUUGUGUUUGCCGUUUACUUUGGACACAGAGGCAGGAGGAAAAAGUGACUUUCCAGUUCGGCGCCUUCACCUCCUUCCUCCUGUGUGAUAUGACAUCGCGGCUUGGAAACGGCAGAAGUCCAAGCUCCACAGCAGACGGUUGACAUCUGGUCAGGUGCUGGUGAACAGGAUGGCCGCUCAGGUGGACGUUCAGCCUGGGGAGGUUGGGAGGUCCGUGGCAGGAGGACGGCUUCACCUAAAUCCCCUGACUGACUCCAGUAAUACCAGCCUCAUUGAGAUUCCAGCGAUAAAUCAGGCUCGACUCAUCGCAUCAGAACCGAACAAGCCUUCCCCGGCCCCCAAGCCACGGCUUUCUCCCAAACCUUUUGCUGUGGAGAGAAAUCCAACUAUUAAACCCAUACUUGCGCCUAAGCCCCAACCUAAACCCCGUCCGGAGUCCACCCUCCUUCCUGGACACAAGCCAGAGCCGCCAAGCAAUCCCAAACCACUGCAGCCAGCCGCUUCUGUGAAAGCCAGACUGGCAUCAUCCAACCCCAAUCGUCCGGCUCCCACAUCCUUUAAAACAUCCAAUAAAUUGAAUGCUGGACAAACAACCAAGCCAAUAGCUCAGCCAUUUAAGCCAGCCCCUCCUUUUGACCCUGGAGUGACCAGCAAUCCCAGUUCGUCUGUCCUGACAGAAAGGCAGAAGCCUGCUGCGUCCAGCUAUGCCAGAAACCUGAGAAAUCUGCAGGCUGCAGAAUGGUUUGGAACCACUCAGAGGGAAGAUGAGGGCCAGAGGGCUCAGGGCAAAGGGACCUCCAUCACCAGAGCCAAGUCCAUGGGGUUUCUUCUUGACGUUGGACAGGAAGUAGGAAAAAAAGAGAGGGUUCAACCUGAAGCGCCUGUGCAGCUGCGAGCUCAGUCCAGAGGUACCAGGACCAGGCCGGUGUCCGCCAUCUUUCCUGACAGUCCCACUAAGGCUGAAACGGCGGUUCCCACCCCUCGGUGGGCAGGGAGAAGACCCCUUUCGGCUGAUCUCACAUCUAAGUUUGAAUCCAUUGGUCUUUCGUUGCACCGUAAAAGUCUAAAGGCAGAUGCUCAGGAGAACGCCGCAGAGGAAAAGUCACCGGCGCUGAAGAGGGAGCAAGAUAGAAUCACACCACAGAGAAGCAGUGCUGCAGGUCAUCCCGCUCUCACAGACCAAAGUAAAGCAGAAGAAACGGCCGCGAGAGAGACGGACAGCGACGAUGAUAAGCGUGGGGCGAGCAUCAAGUCACGGAUCAGUCUUCUCCUUGACUCGUCAUCCUCUCUCGGACCAACCGGUCAGGGGUCAGAUUUUCCCUCCCCAGUACAGCCGUCUCCUGAAACCGAAUCUGCACUGGGUGUGAAAAUGCUCAUCAAGCAGCUGACGGAGGAUACAACACCGACUCAGAGCGCUGUUAUGAAGCCAUCUGUGAAACCCCGCCCGCUGCCCCUGGACCGGACAAAAAGGUUUUCGUCCGAGAGGUCACCAGACCUCAUUUCCCUCAGUGAGGCUGCAGAUCGCCAUGAGAUCAUCAAAGAUCCUCAGAGGAGGGCUGAGGAGUCAGUCGUCACUCCAAAUGACCAGAAAACAUUUCUGGAUUCAAAAGAUUCCCAAGAACAGCUCAGAAGGGCCUCCAGUCCUGAAGGACCCGGGCUUGGUCCCAGCGGUGCCGUGCAGACAGUGCGGGCAUCCCUGUUUGAAAAUGUGGUGGAGAGGCACAGUGUGCUCAUGAUGGACGACGGGGCUUCUCACGGCAGCCCGUCAUCUAAAAGAAGAGAUUUGGAGGAGGACGAUGGGACUCUGUUCAUUGCCACUUACAGAGAACCUGCCUCCCCGUCGAGUCCUCUGCAUGUGCGACAUGCCUUCGACACAGUACAGGCAAUCGAGAAGAACAGGGCCGUGAGCGAGAUGGUUCCGUCAGCUCAGUGGGAGGACAAGGCAAUGACGCUCCGCUCCAGACGCUCAGACGGGACCAGGCCGGUGGCAGAGGGGACUGGUCAGUCCGUCUCAUCGAUGGCAGCAGAGCCUCAGCCACGAUAUCUAACAGUUGGAGCUAUAACGAAGUUUAGCAAUUCAGACCCCAACCAAAGUACCGGUUUAGAGAAAGGGAUGCAAAAGGACUCUCAAAGGGAAGGGCAGGAAAGGGUACUGGAGCAGGACGAUGCAGCUGCGUCCCCAAAACGUUUAAAAAUGCUGCCGACUGAAGAACAGUCCAAACCCAGGGCGACUUACUUUGCUUUGACCGGGCAAAUGCAGGAGCCGUUUUUUCUUGGGGAAGUGGGAACGAGCAUAAGGGACGUCGAUGAUCACUCAUCAAGGUCCGCGCUCGGUGGCGUGCAAGGGAAGAUUCUGUCAGUGAGGAGGAAUCCAUCUUUAGAAGAGGCAUUUGGGAAAACCUCUCCAUCUCAAGAACAAGUGGAGGGGCUGAUGAUGAGGAGUCAUUUGUCUUCCAGAGAGCUGGUCGAGCUUGAGAGGCAAAGACUUAAAGAAAGAAAGGAGAGAGAAGAAGCGGAGAAAACACGACGGGUAGCAUUAGAACAAGAAAUGUUCCGGAUGAGGGAGCUGGAGAAGGACAGACACAGGGAGGUGGAUCUCCGAUCAGCGUUAGACGAGCAGAGAAAAGAGGAAAUGUUAGACACCCAAAAGAAAAGAGACCUACAAAAGGAGACAGAAAGACACAUGGCUAAAUUGAAAGAGCUUGAGAUGGAGAAACAAGCACAUCGGGAAUUUGCUCGAAUGAAAGAGUUAGAGAUGCAAAGAGAGGCCGAAAGGCAAAGGCAGAAAGUGUUUGAAAAGCAGAAACGGGAAAUGGAGGAGAAACAGCGGGCAUUGGAAAUGCAAAAACAAAUCGAACUGGAAAAACAGAGAUUACAAGAGGCAGAGGAGAAAUUAAAACUUGAAAGGGAGAGGCAGUGGCAGUCGGAGAGGAUGCAGGAAAGGGAGAGACAGCGCGAAAGAGAGAGGCAGAAACAAAGGGAGGAAGAGAGGCAGAGGGAGCUGGACAAGGAGAGACGGCUACUUGAAAUCCAAAAGGAGAAACAGAAAAUGGAGGAGAUGGAGAAACUCAAGGAGCAGGAGAGACAACAGCUCUUAGAAAUUCAGAAACAGAAGCAGAGAGAAAAGGAGCGUCAGCAGGCCGUUGAGCUCGAGAAGCAAAGACUGAGGGAGAAACUGGAGAGAGAACAGGCGGAGAAGAUGAAACAGAUGGCUUUGGAACAGGAAAUGCUACGAAUAAGGGAGCUUGAUAAAGAGAAGGAACGACAAAAGGAGAUGGAGAGGGAGCGUCAGAAAGAGAUUGAGAGGGAGAAGCAGAGGCAGGAGCAGGAAAGACAACUUAUGGAGUUGCAAAAACAGAGGCAGAGAGAGAAAGAGAGGCAGCAACAGAUUGAGCUUGAGAAUCAGAGACUAAGAGAGAAAAAGGAGAGAGAGGAGGCUGAGAAAAUUAGACAAAUGGCUUUAGAACAGGAAAUGUUAAGAAUGAGAGAACUUGAAAAGGAGAAGGAAAGACAAAAGGAGAUGGAGAGGGAGCGUCAGAGAGAGAUCGAGAGGGAAAAACAAAGAGCGCUGGAGCAACAGAGGCAAAGAGAUUUAGAACGAGAAAGACAGAGACAACUGGACAUUGAGCGGCAGGAGAUGGAAAACCAGAGGCUGAGACAGAAAGAACAGGAGAAAGAGAAGAAGAGGCUAGAAGAUUUAGAGAGACUCAAAGAGAUGGAAAGACAACAGCUUUUGGAGUUUGACAAGCAAAAGCAGGCCGAAAGAGACAGACAGCAAAUAAUGGAGCUCGAAAAACGAAGAUUGAAAAUGGAGGAGAUGGAGAAACUCAAGGAGCAGGAGAGACAACAGUUCUUAGAAAUUCAGAAGCAGAAGCAGAGAGAAAAGGAGCGUCAGCAGGCCAUUGAGCUCGAGAAGCAAAGACUGAGGGAGAAACUGGAGAGAGAACAGGCAGAGAAAAUGAGACAGAUCGCCAAACAACAGGAAGCAGAGAGGCAUCGGCUAAAAGAGAAGCAGAGGAAGGAAGAACAGGAGAGGCUGAGACAGGAGUCGGCGCCGAUGAGGCCUAAAGUUCUAGACCUGGACUCGGUGCUCAGAAAGGAGCCGCUGGUGAAGGCUACUGCUCAACGCAGCGACCCUGCAAAUCGCUGGAAGGAGCCUUACAAACCUGGCAUCCUUGACAUCGACUCUUUCUCACCUCUGACUCAGCACUCCCCUGGGAAAGACUUGUUUCCUGUGUCCAGUACUCAGGGACUGGAUUCUGAUUUUGGGACCAGGUCACAGCAUACACCUGAAAGAGAUGUGAGCUGGAAGGCGCCACCGCAGACCUCGGGAAGCUUCUCAAGCCCUGUAUGGACAGCGGGGCCUCAGGACCCCUGGGAGCUGCAGCCCGUCGAGAUGUCUGUGGAUAAACCUGCAGCUGAUCCCAGGAAACAUGUCAGCAAACCGAGCGCGGAGUCGCUCCUCUUCAGGCAGGAUGAGCAGCCGUGGACUCCCCAGAGGAGCUGGACGCCUGUGCAGGACGAACCCCUCCACUCAGCCCCGUUUUCUGGGACAGAGGCCGGAACUGCUAACACUCCAAGUGGACUGUCUGGUAGCUCUUCCAUGGAGUACAGCUGGUUGCCCAGAGAGCUGCAGCCUCAGGAGAGCAGGGGAGCCGCCCACCACCAGAGGAGGUCGCAGGGAUCCCAGGAGCUGAACAGGAAUCGUUCUCGCAGCGUGUCUCGGCGAUCGGCUCCUGCCAGCAGCUCUCUGGAGGGAAACCUUUCCAGGGUGAGGAGUCGCAGCGCCCAUCGAGAGCAGGACCGUCACAGCUGGGUGCCACAGAAACAAGCUGGUGAGGAGGAGGAGGGCAAAGACUCGGAGACGCCAGUCCGUGACUCUGACAGUCAGUACGGGACCUGGGAGACUGGACUGCGCACCGACGACAGCCUCACGCCGGCCACUCCCAGCUCAGAGAGCAACCUCAGCCCCUCUCCGAAGAAGCCCACCUCGCCGCUCACGCCAGGCGACGCUGCAUCGCUGUCUGAAGCAAACACCCAGGACGGCAUUCCUCCCGCGUCUUCAGCUGAGAGUCAGCCUCUCGCUUUCCCCGACGCUCCGACCGCUCUGUUAGACACGAGCGUCCUUCGCUCCAGAGCUCAGCUGGGAAAGAAGCGAGGCCCCCGGACACGGCCGUCCAGGGCUGCCCGUCAGACCACGAGGCUCGCAGAGAAAGAGACCAGUGAGGACUGGCUUUACCGAGACUCCACAGACGCCAAGCCCGAGAGGAAAGAGGACGACUCGGAUUCAGAGGAGCAGACCAGAGGAGCUGAGUCCAGCCCUGCUGUGGCCUUGCAGCCACAGAGGGUCGCCCUGUUCCCCGGGAUGGACCCUUCAGCUUUGAAAGCUCAGCUGAGAAGGAGAGGUGACUCUGACAAUCAAGUUGAUGGAGCUGCCGCCUCUCCCUCCCAGCUGUCUCGCUCUCCAAAGUCUCCCUUCCUCCCCCGCGCAGCUCGUGUGCUGCCCCCUCCUGGCGGAAAAGAAAAUGGUGAGGAAGACUCGCCUCAGUGGCUCAAAGAGCUGAAGUCAAAGAAACGUUUGAGUCAGUAUGAAAGUGAGAGCUAGAAAAAAAAAGAGGUUGCCUUAACAGAUGAAUCUGUGUAACAGAAGCCUUAACGUUUGACCCAGACAGAGGUUGAGAGGAGAGGAUGAACCUACAGCUGCUGAUGAAUUCUCUUUUUUUUUUUUCUUUUCCUUUUUCUUUCCUUUUUGUUCUCUUCCCAUCUGGGUUGAUAAAUGUGCAUGGUGCCUUUUUAUAUGGAGAGUUUCUGUCUUAUGGAGAGGAAAAAAAAAAAAAACAAGCACGGAGAUAUUAAAAAAAACCCAUCGGGCUGCUCCGCUUCCUCCAUAUCAUGCUUGAAACCCGCACAAGCUCCUGCGUGCAGGAGGGACUUCACACGGACACUUUAAGAGGGACCAGGAGGAGCGAGGGCGGCGGACGCCGUUUCGGGAAACUGUCAAACCGGGUGGGACCACGACGCCUCUUCGUCCCCAUCGUGCUUCGUCGCUCCGCCGGAGGACAAUCCAGCGAGUUCUUCACCAGACGUUUGUUUGUAUGUAGUUUCCUCACUCCACUAAUAUGUGUACAAGCCGGCCGCGUCCGCGCCGGCCGCAUCCGUGUUAUCUGUGGAGUCACACAAGCAUCGCCAUAGGAUAACAUUUCACACACUAAUGAUUUUUGAACCUAGAGAACAAAUCACCACAGACGUGAUUGUCGGUGGGAAUGUGUAUCAUGUUAGCGGCUGUAAUCAGGAGAGGCUAUAUUUGUAUUAUUGUUGAUUUAACAAAGACAGAGAGCUAGUUUUGGAGA